AUGGUUCAGCUUCAAUCGUCUCCAGCUUCUGAAGUUGUGGAUCUCCAUGUGGAGUCCAUUGAGGAAAGGGAUGCCAGUCAUGACGACAGCUCAGGGAUUGACUCUCCUAAUGCCUUCACAGCACUUCAACUCACCCUAAACCCUUCAGCGUUUAUAUACCAUGGUUAUGAGACCUACAUUGAGGAUGGCCUUAUCUGCCUCAGACACAAAAUUCGCAACAUCGAGAAAAAGAAGCUGAAACUGGAAUGCUAUAAAAUGCGGCUUGAGAGUGGGGAGAAGCUAAAUCAAGACCAAAUGGAUGCAGUAGAGAGGUAUGAAGAAGUGAUCCACAACCUGAAGUUUGCCAAAGAGCUGCAAAAGACCAUUUCUGCUCUUACACAGGAUCUGUUAAGGGGUCAGAGGAAAGCUGUGUGUAACGAGCAGGUUCAGAGGCUGGAGGCUGAGCAAAAGCGACUGAGUGUGAUGCUUCAGAUGCAGUACGUCCUCCUCAGUCUGCAAAGGCAAGACGUCAGGAAGAACUUCUGCAACUCGCAGGAAUACGCUGGCUACCUGUCCUCUCAGGAACUUGAGAACUUGUUGGACCUGGCUUCAUUAGUUGGCUGCAAAAGGAAUGACAUCCUGAGUUUAGAAGUUCAGAUGGAGCGGGCCUCUCUUGUCUAUCUGGACCUGCUGGAUGGGAAAAACAAACCAGUUGCUGGCUCAACAUAUAAGUGCCUGAAAGAGAAGCUGCUGAGACUGGUGGACUGUGGUUUCUUCGAUCACCUUCCAGAUCCUCAAAAUGACUUGCAGAAUAUCAACACAAAGCUUGACUCCUCAUCUAGACCAAGCACCCUACCUGCAGAGGUCAGUUUGAAUUUGAAUAAGCUGGCUCUGAAAGAGUUUCUAAACAGACGCUACAUACCUGAAGCAGACCUCGUUGGGCGUGUACAGGGUAAGGAAGAAAUGCCUGUACCGAACUGGAAAGCUGAAUUUUUGGCGCUAAAGGAGCGAGAACCUCCAGACUCUUGGGAUUUGGACUUUUCUGAGACUCCAGUGUCCUCUCAGGCAGGGUUAUACAAGCCUUGGAAAGGGGCAGCAGGGUUUAUACCUAAAACAAUCACUAAGAAGCCCACUGUUGAGCUCAAACAGAAACAGCAGAAGAAAAAUAAAGGUCAGGGCUCCAAAUCUGAUAUUGAGAUGCUUGUGCCAGUAGAGGUAAACUCUCCAACCUCUCUGGCUAAAGAUCCUGCACUACGUAGACGGCAGUUGGAUCACCUUAUGGAUCAAAUCACAGGUUCCUUCAGCUUCAUGCAGGAUUCUUUGCUGGAUGGAGACGUCUCUCCAACUCGUGUCUCGAACAAAGGGCUUCCCCUUUCCCCUAGCCCAUCUCCUAUUGCCCAAAAAGAACAGAAGAAAAUCCCUGCUGACAUCCUGCCUCAGACACAGCAUUCAACUCCCAUUAAUACUAGUAUACUUGCUGGAGUUGGUAAAAACUGUCUGACCAGUAGUAAUCAGACUCUCAAUUCGUCGGACCUGGACCUACACAAUGGAGACACACCUCUGGCAAAGCAAGAUAAGGACUUCACUUCCUCACCUCUGUACCGCCGAGAGUCGGUCAUCUCUUUGUCUCUUGAUAAGAACACUGAGCAGACAAAAAAGCAGUCCCUUUGUAAUGCUGAGAUUCCAACGAGCAUGCCAGCACAGACCUUCUCCACUCCACCCAGCAGGAGAUCUCUUCCUGUAACCGGCACAUCUUCCUUCAGCAACAUGCACUCUGUGUUCAGUGGGGAAGUACCUAUAAGCAAGAGUGAUGAGCUAAAGGUGGACGAAAGUGGAUUUUUAGGAUCUGUGUGUCUGAGCUACAAUACUGCAGACACACUGAGCUACUGUACUGUUAGUACACAAACCCCUCCUGAACUCAGCCUGCCUCUAGAUGACCUGCAGAUGGAAAGUGCCUACCUGUCCGAGAGUGACCUCAGUGCUACCAGUCAGGUUUAUUCUCCUGGUCAGAGUUCUGCCCUUCAUGCUCAGUCUACUCUAAUCCAGCAUUAUUAUCCACGCAGCACAAUCAGAGGUAUCUAACAUAGUGGCAGUGGGCUCUCCUGACUUUGUUUACUUGUCUCCUUCCUUCUUAUUUCACCUCAAGUUGCCCAAGGUGGUUAUGAGGUGCACAGAGUAAAUGUACAUGCUCCUGGAGGAGGCUUCAUAAAUCCUGAACCUGGAUCUGUUUUUUAUACCUCCCAGGAAAAUGGGUAUCAGCUGAAACACAAACAUUCUGGAGGGACAGCAGCUCGAAGAAAUGGCUCCACUGCUGGUUGGAGUGACUCCUCCCAGGUGAGCAGUCCAGACCGGGAGGCAACUUACCUUGUGGAUUCAGCCCAUGGGGAUUCUUUACCUGUUUCAGCUACUGGGAUGCCCCUCACUGGACCUCCCCCUCACACACUUAUGCCAGUCUACUCUCAAGUGCGUGUGGCCUUCUCAGCUGCUCGAGCCACCAACCUCGCUCCUGGCACUCUGGACCAACCAAUCGCCUUUGAUCUGCUUCAUAGCAACCAGGGCAAUGCUUUUGAUGCAACCUCUGGCCACUUCAUCUGUCCAGCCGCAGGCACUUAUGUCUUCUUUUUCCACAUCCUCAAGCUGGCCAUCAGUGUUCCGCUAUACAUCAACCUGAUGCGCAAUGACGAGGUAGUGGCAUCGGCAUAUGCCAACGAUGGUGCGCCCGACCAUGAAACGGCCAGCAAUCACGCCCUGCUGUCUCUGCGUCUUGGCGACCAUGUGUGGCUCCGUCUCCACCGUGGUGCCAUCUAUGGUAGCAGCUGGAAGUACAGCACUUUCUCUGGCUUCCUGCUUUACCCAGACUGAGUUAGUUACAUGCACAUACAUUGGCACAUACAGUGCCAAUUUGAGUCUGUUGGCCUGUCAGUUACACUGCUCUUUGCAUAUUGUUUCCAGAUCCUAUUGCAUACAGUAACUUUUGAAUCAUGUUUUUGGUCAGCGUUUUGGGUGUUUCAUUAAGUGAAUGUCUUUACAACUCUACACCCUUAAUUUGUGUGCUUAUUUUGUGUGCAGGCUGUUUCAGAACCAUGCAUCUAAGGUCAUGGCUGCAAACUGUCUUCUUUCUGGUUAUUGAGCACUUGAAUUGCAUAUACAUAUGUAAUUUGUCUGCAUACUUGACACUUGAGGACUUUAAAAUGGGACUUGGUUUUGAGCACAUAUGCAUUGAAAUUGACCAACACUGCCUAUCAGCCAAACAAACCAAAUGUUCCCUGUGUGCCUGAAUAAAAAAAAUUUGUGCAGAUCCCUUUUGUUGAUUCAGUGAUUGUAGAAAUCUCAUCAUUCAUUAUCAUACAUUUUGCAGACAGUGCACUAUGCUUCAGUAAUAUUUACAAAAGUACUGGUCAGAAGACUUUUCUACCUCUAGUAUGUGUAACUGUUUCCAGGAUGUUCGUUUACACCAGAGGGCAGCACUACCAAAGGAUAAUCAACAAGUUACCUAGCAGCAGAUCCCAACCUGUGGGUCACUGUUGCAUGUUGUAUUGUCUGAGAAGCAGUUGACACAAAACGCUUAAAAAAAAAAAAAAAAAAAAAAAAAAAAGAUUAAACUGUUAGGUUAUAUAUACUGAUCAGCCAUAACGUUUAAAACCACCUUGUUUCUACACUCUGUCCAUUUUACCAGCUUCACUUACCAUAUAGAAGCACUUUCUAGUUCUACAAUUACUGUCUGUGGUCCAUCUAUUUCUCUACAUACCUUUUUAGCCUGCUUUCAUGCUGUUCUUCAAUGGUCAGGACCACCACAGAGCAGGUAUUAUUUAUUUGGUGGAUCAUUCUCAGCACUGCAGUGACACUGACAAGGUGGUGGUGUGAUGGUGUGUGUUGUGCUGGUAUGAGUGGACACGGUAUUUAAAAACGCCAGCAGCGCUGCUGUGUCUGAUCCACUUACUGUCCACUCUGUUAGACACUCCUACCUAGUUGGUCCACCUUGUAGAUG